CCAAGUUUCAUGAUGUCAGAAGGGUUUAAAGAAAUGAUCCACCCCUACUUUGCAAACCAUUAUAAAUACUGAGACGGUAACAAUCUGAAAACGGCCAAGAAACCAAAAAAAUCAAAAGCUAUGUUUCCACUGAUUAUAUUAUCCGGUUUUAUCACCAUCACCUUAAGCGUCAAACGUCAGUAUGUCUUUGUGAAUGAAUCCAAGACUUGGGCAGAAGCUCAGAGAUACUGUAGAGAUAAAUACACUGAUCUGGCCACUAUUGAAAAUGAACAACAGACGAUCCAGUUAUUGGACACAGUGAAUGAUGAUUCCAUUGAUUUGGCCUGGAUUGGACUCUAUGAUGAUCUGAACAGUUGGAAAUGGACUCUAGAGGACAGUGAUUUCUUCAAGGUGGGAGAGAAAGAAUUCAGGAACUGGAUGAACCCAGGACCGAACAAUUAUGGAGCACAAAGUCUGUGUGUGUAUAUGUACUAUGGGAUAUGGUACACAACAAGCUGCUCCAAUACACUUCCUUUUAUCUGCUAUGAUGGAAGACAGAAUGCCAGUGGAAGUUAUGUUUGGGUUUACCAGUACAAAACCUGGACUGAAGCUCAGAGUUACUGCAGAGAGCAUCACACAGACCUCGUCAGUAUCAGGAAUGAGGCUGAAAACCAGAAGAUCCAGUAUUUCUUCAGCAAUUAUUAUCAUUAUUUUUUUUGGAUUGGACUGUACAGAACCAGAUCUUGGUCAGAUCAGAGCAACUCUUCAUUCAGUAACUGGAGGACAGGACAGCCAGAUAAUGCUGGAAACAGUGAAUACUGCACUGCAGUGUCAUUCAAUGACUCUGGGAGCUGGACAGAUGAAAACUGUAAUACUGCAUUACCUUUCAUUUGCUACAGCUUGUUUUCAUUGACAUCACCCCGCCAGUAUCACUUUGUGAAUGAGAAUAAGACCUGGACUGAAGCUCAGAGAUUCUGCAGACAGAAUUACACUGAUCUGGCCACCAUUGAUAACAUGGAGGAAAUGAACAGUCUGAUCAACACAGUUAAUGGGAGUUACAAUGGUUCAGCCUGGAUUGGACAGUAUGAUGAUGUGAACAACUGGAGAUGGUCAUUGGAGGACAAUGAUUUCUAUCAGGAAGGAGAGAGAGAUUUCAGGAACUGGUAUCAUGAACCAAACAACAAUGGUGGGAAAGAACUGUGUGUUUACAUGGAUUAUAAUGGAAAAUGGUAUGAUUUGUCAUGUGACAACAUGCUGCCAUUCAUUUGCUAUUAUGAUAAAGAAAAUGCCACACAGAGUUACAUCAGAAUCAGUGAUGCGAAAACCUGGUCAGAGGCUCGUAGAUACUGCAGAGAGCAUUACACAGAUCUCGCCAAUGUGAGAAAUCAGACUGAGAACCAGAUGAUCCUUGAGAGAGUAGGUGGGGGAGACUGGAUCGGCCUGUACAGAAACAGGGUUUGGUCUGACCAUCAGAUUACCAAUUAUGAAAACUGGAUAGCAGCAGUUCCCACAUUACCACAGCAACCAGAUAAUGGUCUAUAUGAUUAUGGCCAGUGGUUUUCUCAGCACUGUACUGCCAUAUCAUUCAACAAUUCAGGCCGGUGGACUGAUGAGAACUGCCUAUCCAGCCUGCCUUUCAUCUGCUACAACAGAACCUGCACACAUUCUUUAUGUACCCGUCAGUAUCACUUUGUGCCUGAUAAUAAGAUCUGGACUGAAGCUCAGAGAUUCUGCAGAGAGAAAUACACUGAUCUGGCCACCAUUGAUAACAUGGAGGAAAUGAAGAGGCUCAUUAAAACAGUUCGUAGGACUUUCUAUGGCAAAGCUUGGAUUGGACUAUAUGACGAUCUGAACAGCUGGAGAUGGUCUCUGGAGAAUGCAGCAAUAGAAGGAGGAUUUAAAAGCUGGUAUGUCCAGACACAAGUGAACUCAGGUGGACAGAGUCUGUGUGUGUACAUGUCAUAUUACCGGGGAACAUGGGGUGAUGUCUAUUGCUCCACUGCACUUCCCUUUGUUUGCUAUGAUGGAAGAGCGAAUGCUAGUACAAGUUAUGUGUUUGUUUACCAGUACAAAACCUGGACUGAAGCUCAGAGUUACUGCAGAGAACAUCACACAGACCUCGUCAGUAUCAGGAAUGAGAUUGAAAACUACAGGGUUCAGUCAUUAGUACAAAGUUAUUAUUAUUCAGUUGCUUGGAUUGGACUGUACAGAACCAGAUCUUGGUCAGAUCAGAGCAACUCUUCAUUCAGUAACUGGAGGGCAGGACAGCCAGAUAAUGCUGGAAACAGUGAAUACUGCACUGCAGUGUCAUUCAGUGACUCUGGGAACUGGACAGAUGAAAACUGUAAUACUGCAUUACCUUUCAUUUGCUACAGUGUGUUAGCAUCAUUACGUCAGUAUCACUUUGUGAAUAAAUACAAACCCUGGACUGAAGCUCAGAGAUUCUGCAGACAGAAUUACACUGAUCUGGCCACCAUUGAUAACAUGGAGGAAAUGAACAGGCUGAUCAACACAGUUAAUGGGAGUUACAAUGGUUCAGCCUGGAUUGGACAGUAUGAUGAUGUGAACAGCUGGAGAUGGUCAUUGGAAGACAAUGAUUUCUAUCAGAAAGGAGAGAGAGAUUUCAGGAACUGGUAUCAUGAACCGGACAACUAUGGUGGGAAAGAACUGUGUGUUUACAUGGAUUAUAAUGGAAAUUGGUUUGAUUCAUCAUGUGACAAUAUGCUUACAUUUGUUUGCUAUGAUGGUAAAGAAAACUCUUCUGAGAAGUAUGUCUGGGUAUCUGAGGGAAGGACCUGGACUGAAGCUCAGAGCUACUGCAGAGAGAAAUACACUGAUCUGGCCAGUGUGAGAAAUGAGACAGAACGUCAACAGAUACUGAGCACACGUUAUUAUUAUUAUAGCUAUAACGUAUGGAUUGGUCUGCACAGAAACAGACUGUGGUCAGAUCAGAGCAGCUCUUCCUUCACAUAUUGGCUGCCAUAUACUCAAUGGGUUGCUGCACAACCAGAUAAUGGUGCAAAUGUCCCAGGAGAGCGGGGAGUUCAAAACUGCACAACUAUGUCUUUAAAAUACUUUGGCCAGUGGACAGAUGAGAGCUGCUUUGCCAGUUUGCCUUUCUUCUGUUACAGUGAUGAGUAUGUACUGAUGGGACUGAGAGUGAAACUUGAAAGUGUAGAAUAUUUAUCAAAGUCUCAGAUUGAAGAGCUGGUGAUUAUAAAGCUCCAGGAAGAAUUUAUGAGACACGGACUUCCCAGCAACUUCACCAUGCAUUUGAGGAGCUAUCGUAAAACCAGCCCAUGAGAGGCGAGGACAGCAUUCCUGCACACAAAGAAAAUGGUUUUAGGUUUCAUGUUUUGUUUUGUUUUCAUUAACAAAGGUUAAUAAUUGCUGUAGAACUGCAGUUCAUUAUUAGUUCAUGUUGACUAAUGUAGUUCACUCUUGAAACUUAUUGUAAAGUGUUACCCAAUUUUUUAACAAAUAUGUACAGAUCUUGAUUAGAAACAAUCCAAUAUUAUUCAUACUUUUUGUGGUAAAUUUUUUCCUUUUAUCUUUUACAUUUCUUUUCAGAAAUAGAAACUUCUAUGCCAUAAUAUACCCUUUUUUCAAAGAUUUGCAAUUAUUUGUAUAUAAUCUAUUAAAAAAUGUUUAAAUUCAUUAUUGUAGAUUGUUUGUAUAUACAGUAUGUUUUGUGUCUGCAUGUUUAAACUCACAGCAAACUUUAUAAGCUUGUUGUGGCUGUUUGAGUGUCACCAUCUGAACAUACACAGAAAAUGUUAAAAAUAAAACAGCAUAAAAUAUUAAGACUUAUUUUCAGAGAAUAUACAGUAAAACUAUUUUGAUAGUCCACUUUGGACAUUCUACUCUCUAUAAGUGACUUUGCAACUGCAUGUCAACUAACUCUCAUUAGAGUAUUAGUAGACUACCAUCUUAAUAUCUGCUAACACUUUAUUUUUAUGCUGCCCAACAGACAUUCUACUGAUUUUACUGAUAUUAUAAAUUUUGUAACUACGUCAGCUUAUCCGAACCCUAACACCUACCCUAAUUUAUAACAUUCUACUAAUUCUCUAAUAAGAGUUAGUUGACAUGUAUUACAAAGUUACUUAUAGUUAGUAGAAUGUCUAAAGUGGGGCAUCGAAAUAAAGUGUAACCGAAUAUAUCUUGAAUUAAAAUGAUUAACCCUCCCAAUGCUAAUAAUUUAGUCAGUUUCGUGGGUGAAUAGUAUGUAAGCUUGUUUUCGCCUCAGAAUAAUUAAAAAAGAUAAUUGCAACUUUUUAUCUCACAAUUCUUCAGACUUUUUCACACAAUUGCAAGUCCACAUCUCGCAAGUUCUUUGUUUUUGUUUCAUAAUGAA